AUGUGGAUAUUGCCGCUGAUCGGAUAUGUCGGUGUGGUAUUGGGAUUCGCGUUCUUGACGCUGGCUAUUGCUUCCGGAUUGUACUAUCUUUCCGAGCUUGUCGAGGAACAUACCGUGCUUGCGAAGAAGCUGUUGACUAGAUUGAUUAUCGGCGUUGUUGCGAUCCAGAUACUUCUUCUGGUUGUCGAUGGCUUUCCGCUCGGGCUCAGCGCGCUGAGCGUCGUUUCGCAUGUUAUCUACGCGCAGAACCUGAGAAGGUUCCCGAUUGUAAAGCUGAGCGAUCCGCUCUUUUUAGUGUCGUGUGGCCUUGUAAUUCUAAACCACUACGCCUGGUUCCGCCAUUUCAGCGCCCCGCCUCCCCGCGACUCCUACUCCUACCGUGAUCCGUACGCGCCUGCCAUGCCGACCUUCACUGAAAUCGCUUCUUACUUUGGCCUGUGCGUGUGGCUUGUGCCGUUCGCACUGUUUGUUUCGCUUUCUGCGGGAGAGAACGUAUUGCCGUCUAUGGGUUCGGAGUAUGCGACGGGCGAGGGAAGCAGCUUUAUGAGUCCUGGGAAGGAACCCGCGGCUGGAUUUGGAAGCGGCACGGCUGGCACGGGCACAGAGGGACGGAGAAGACAGAGGAGUGGGACGAAUGCCGGGAUGGCGAAGAAGGCAAUCAGCGGAGUUAGGGAUUGGGUGGGUGAGACGGGAGAAGUUAUGGGCCUUUGGAAGGGGGAGAGGACGAGGCCGACGUUUUGA